UUCCAUCCAUUACUCUCAGAUUCCAUCCAUUACUCUCAAGAUUCCAUUCAUUACUCCCAAGAUUCCAUCCAUUACUCUCAGAUUUUAUCUCUUACCCUCAGAUUUCAUCCAUUACUCUCAGAUUCCAUUCAUUACUCCCAAGAUUCCAUCCAUUACUCUCAGAUUUCAUCUCUUACCCUCAGAUUCCAUCCAUUACUCUCAGAUUCCAUCCAUUACUCUCAGAUUCCAUCCGUUACUCUCAGAUUCAAUCCAUUACUCAGUUUCAAUCCAUUACUGAGAUUCAAUCCAUUACUCAGAUUCAAUCCAUUACUCUCAGAUUCAAUCCAUUACUCUCAGAUUCCAUCCGUUACUCUCAGGUUUAAUCCUUUACUCCCAGAUUCCAUCCAUUACUCCCAGAUUCCACCCGUUUCUCUCAGAUUUAAAUCAUUACUCCCAGAUUCAAUCCAUUACUCUCAGAUUCCACUCAUAACUCUCAGAUUCCACCCGUUUCUUCCAGAUGUUAUCCAUUACUCCCAGAUUCAUCGUACUUUUUCGUGUCGUACCUUGUUGUAUUCUAUCUGGCCUUAA